GGGCAGGAUUCCCGGGGCCGUCGCAGGGAGCCGAGCCGAGUCGAGCCGACUCUCCGCGCCUGUGCUUUCGCCGCCCCGGCUUGUUCCUCGCCUUGUCGGUCCGCUGGCCGGAUCUGGCUGACCAGCACGCCCUCGGGCUCCGAACCCAGGCUCCGGGACCGCCGCAGGGACCCGCCCACCAGACCCUGCCCGGGGCCGCCAGUCCGCCUGUUUGCACUCUGCCGCUGAUGACACCGGGCAGAGUGCCACCAUGGAAGGGGACGCUUCAGACUCUCUGGUGACUAUUAAGAAUAUCGAACGAGAGCUCAUUUGCCCAGCAUGCAAGGAGCUGUUUACACACCCGCUGAUUCUUCCUUGUCAGCAUAGCAUCUGUCAUAAAUGUGUAAAAGAACUCUUGCUGUCUCUGGAUGAUUCAUUCAAUGAUGUGGGAUCAGACAACUCCAAUCAGAGCAGUCCUCGCCUUCGGCUCCCCUCCCCUAGCAUGGACAAGAUUGACAGAAUUAACAGACCAGGCUGGAAGCGCAAUUCUUUGACCCCCAGGACAACUACUUUUCCUUGCCCUGGCUGUGAGCAUGAUGUGGACCUUGGAGAACGAGGAAUCAACGGUCUGUUUCGGAAUUUCACUCUGGAAACAAUUGUGGAAAGGUACCGGCAGGCAGCCAGGGCAGCCACAGCUAUUAUGUGUGACCUUUGUAAGCCACCACCUCAGGAAUCCACAAAAAGCUGCAUGGAUUGUAGUGCAAGCUAUUGCAAUGAGUGCUUCAAAAUCUACCAUCCGUGGGGAACUGUGAAAGCUCAACACGAGUAUGUGGGCCCUACCACGAAUUUCAGACCCAAGGUUUUAAUGUGCCCAGAACAUGAAACAGAGAGAAUAAACAUGUACUGUGAGCUGUGUAGGAGGCCAGUCUGUCAUCUCUGUAAGCUGGGUGGCAAUCAUUCCAAUCACCGCGUGACCACCAUGAGCAGUGCCUACAAAACCUUAAAGGAAAAGCUUUCAAAGGACAUUGACUUCCUUAUUGGUAAGGAAAGCCAGGUGAAGAGUCAAAUUUCUGAACUCAACUUGUUAAUGAAAGAAACAGAGUGCAACGGAGAGAGAGCUAAAGAAGAAGCCAUCUCACACUUUGAAAAGCUCUUUGAAGUCCUUGAAGAGAGGAAGUCAUCUGUUCUGAAGGCCAUAGAUGCAUCUAAGAAACUGCGACUAGACAAAUUCCAGACUCAAGUGGAGGAGUAUCAGGGUCUCUUGGAGAACAAUGGGCUUGUGGGGUAUGCCCAGGAGGUGCUAAAGGAGACGGACCAGUCGUGCUUUGUCCAGACGGCAAAGCAGCUCCAUCUCAGAAUACAGAAAGCUACAGAAUCAUUGAAGAGCUUUCGACCAGCUGCUCAGACUUCUUUCGAAGACUAUGUUGUGAAUACAUCUAAACAAACGGAGCUCCUUGGGGAGUUGUCCUUUUUCUCCAGUGGCGUAGAUGUGCCUGAGAUCAAUGAGGAACAGAGCAAAAUUUAUAACAAUGCCUUGAUAACUUGGCACCAUUCGGAAAAGGAUAAAGCUGAUAGUUAUGUUCUUGAAUAUCGGAAGAUCAACAGAGAUGAAGAAAUGGUGCCGUGGAAUGAGGUGGAAGUCUCUGGCACAAGUAAAGUUGUCUCCAACCUUGAAAGCAACUCUCACUAUGCUUUCAGAGUGAGAGCCUACAAGGGCUCCAUCUGUAGUCCCUGCAGCAGAGAGCUCACACUCCACACUCCUCCAGCUCCAGUUUUCAGCUUCCUCUUUGAUGAAAAAUGUGGCUAUAAUAACGAACGCCUCUUGCUGAACUUGAAAAGAGACCGGGUAGAGAGUAGAGCUGGAUUUAAUACUCUUCUUGCUGCGGACCGGAUCCAAGUGGGUUAUUACACCAGCUUGGACUACAUCAUCGGAGAUGCUGGAAUAACAAAAGGGAAGCACUUUUGGGCCUUCCGCGUGGAGCCGUAUUCAUACCUGGUCAAAGUGGGAGUUGCCUCCAGUGAUAAACUACAAGAAUGGCUCCACUCUCCCCGGGAUGCAGUGAGUCCAAGGUAUGAACAGGACAGUGGACAUGACAGUGGAAGUGAAGAUGCCUGCUUCGAAUCUUCACAGCCUUUCACAUUAGUUACUAUAGGCAUGAAGAAAUUUUUUACACCCAAGUCACCGACUUCUAACGAACCUGAAAACAGAGUUCUCCCCAUGCCAACAAGCAUAGGGAUUUUCCUUGACUAUGAUAAAGGCAAAGUGAGUUUCUAUGACAUGGAUCACAUGAAAUGCCUUUAUGAGCGCCAAGUGGAUUGUUCACACACAAUGUAUCCAGCGUUUGCCCUAAUGGGCAGUGGAGGAAUCCAACUUGAAGAACCCAUCACAGCGAAGUAUCUGGAAUAUCAAGAGGAUAUGGAGUUUAAAAAUCCCAUGUGACUAGGAUGGAACAUGUAAACAACACAAUGCCUUGGCAUUAGCCUUUGUAACUAAUUACAUAACAUUUAAGUCUUCUGUCACACUUGUUUUUGUGUAUGAUUCACCUUAAAACACAGAAAACCUAAAUAAGCCUUGUCUCUUCCAUGUUAUUCUGCCUUUCACAAAUGAGAAGAAUGAAGACUCUUUCCUAGUUAGUAUGGGAUCUUCGCAGCUGGAUCGUCUUGACUUUCUC